AGAAAUGAACAAUUCUAAAUGGCUCUUUUCUUAUUCCCAAAAAAUAGCAUAAGAAAAUUACAAAAAAUUCUAUACCAAAAUCAACUACAAAAAUGCUCUCUAAAAAUCUAUCUUCCUUAAUACACAAAACAUUCUUGAUAGAAUGAUUGAAGAUAACAUUAUAGAUCGUAUUCCUGAGCAGCCAUAACCUCAAUUAUAACAAUAGAUCCUUGAAGAAACAUAACCAAUCGAAAUUCCUGUAUAAUAAAAACCAAUCGAUAUUGAAAAACGAUUGGAAGCUAUUAUACAAAAAAGUAUUAUUCUUUCUUAUUUAAGUGGAUGGAGACAGCAAUUCAAGAUUCAAAUUUACCAAUGGUAAUUGUCAAUAAGACUAUGAAGGAAUCUAGUAAUUGAAGCAAUCCCUUCAAAAAUGAUUAAUGAC